AUGGCGUCGCUAGACCAUCUGGCUCAGCUGCUUGAUGCCAGCCUGGAUCCGCGCACCAACAAGAAAGCCGAGCUUGAGAUCCGCGCCGAAGAAAAGAAACCCGGUUUUGCUCUCCUUCUCCUUCAGAUCACCGCCUCCGAUGCUUUCAGCUACAACACGCGCCUUGCCAGCGCGCUGUUCUUCAAGAACUUCAUCAAGAGGAACUGGACCGAUGUUGAGGGCAACUACAAACUCUCACAGCAAGAUGUCACGUCCAUUAAGACCGAGAUCAUUGGCUUAAUGGCUUCCGUACCGAGCGGAAUCCAGACUCAAUUGGCCGAAGCAAUCAGUGUGAUUGCUGAUAGUGACUUCUGGGAGAGAUGGGAUACCCUUGUCGAUGACCUCGUUGCGCGUUUCAAGCCUGACGAUCUGACCGUCAACAUCGGUGUUCUCCAGGUUGCGCAUUCCAUCUUUGGACGCUGGCGACCGCUAUUUCGCUCAGAUGAGCUCUAUACCGAAAUCAACCACGUUUUGUCCAAAUUUGCACAGCCCUUCUUAAGCCUGUGGCAGAGUCUUGACGCCUACAUUGAGGCUCAUGGCAAUGACAAAGCUGCUCUUACCAAGGCCUUCGCCGAGCUUGAUCUCAUCCUUCAGAUCUUUUAUGACCUAUGCUGUCAGGAUCUAUCUCCCGUCUUCGAGGAUAACAUGCAAGGCAUUGCUGGCCUUCUGCUAAAGUACCUCACCUACGACAGCCCCUUGUUACAUACCGAUGAUGAGUCCGAAGCCGGCCCUCUGGAGAAUGCCAAAGGAAAUGUCUUUGAAGUUCUGACCCUCUUCACGCAAAAGUACUAUGAAGAUUUCUCAUCACAGAUCGGAUCUUUCGUACAGAGCUCCUGGGCACUUCUGACCACCACAAACGCUGACCCCAAGAACGACAUUCUGGUUAGCAAAGCCCUCCUUUUCUUGACCACAGUCACGCGGAUCAAGGAGCAGAGUCAAGUCUUCAACGAUGCAAGCGUACAAUCCCAAAUCGUUGAGAAGGUCAUCUUGCCCAAUGUGGCACUCCGAGACUCCGAUAUCGAAAUGUUCGAAGAUGAACCCAUCGAAUUCAUCAGACGUGACUUGGAAGGUUCGGACAGCGAGACGAGACGACGAGCAGCUACCGACUUUCUGCGUCAACUAAGUGAUCAAUUUGAGGUCUCAGUUACGCAGAUCACCAUGUCCGUCAUCGACAAGUGUCUCCAAGACUACGCCACCAAUCCGGCCGAGAACUGGAGAUCAAAAGACACAGCAACAAAUCUUUUCUACGCAACCGCAGCCAAGGGUCAAGCGACGUCGACACAUGGUGUGACAUCGACCAACGGCCAGGUCGAUAUUGGUGACUUCUUCUCCAAAAAUCUCGCCGCCGACCUGCAGGGCCAGAACACACAUCCUCUUCUGGUAGUCGACGCAAUCAAAUACCUGUACGUCUUCCGGAGCAUCAUCACUAGAGACCAAUGGCAACAAGUCAUGUCGUUACUAGUCAAUCAUCUCGGCAAUUCCAACUAUUGCGUCUACACGUAUGCAGCUGUGACUGUGGAGCGAGUGCUAGCCAUGUAUGGCGAGGAUGGCAAGCCAGUCAUUGACCCUGCUAAUAUUACGCCACUCGCGAAAGACCUGCUUGAACACCUCUUCAGUCUGAUUGAGAAAGAUCCAGCCCCGCAGAAGGUGCAGGAGAACGAAUUCCUGAUGCGAUGCAUCAUGCGGGUGCUAAUUGUCAUUCGAGAGGGUGUGAUAUCGGUUAUCGAAUCAACCCUGAAUCACCUCGUCCAAAUCACCAAUAUCAUCUAUCCCAACCCGUCGAACCCAAAGUUCUACUACUACCACUUUGAAUCCUUGGGAGCUCUCAUCCGGUUCGCUGGACCUUCACAGUCGGACGCCCUGAUUGGGGCUCUCUUCAACCCUUUCCUCGCUGUUCUCCAAAAUUCCGUGGAGGAAUUCAUGCCCUAUGUCUUCCAGCUGUUGGCGGCGCUUGUUGAGGGCGAACCAGAGAAGCCAUUGCCGCCCAAUUUGCAGCCGUUGAUUGCCCCAGUGCUCAUGCCAGCCCUGUGGGAGCAACGUGGCAACGUGCCGGCUCUGGUCCGGCUACUUACUGCUCUCAUUAUCCGCUCGGCGGCCGACAUGCAGGCGAAUAACCAGAUCGAAAACGUUUUGGGCAUCUUCCAGAAGUUGAUUGCAUCCAAAGCUUAUGAGGGGUAUGCGUUUGACCUCCUCGAGACGAUUGUGGCAACAUUUGAUGCUUCUGCUCUGGAGAACUUCUGGGUUCCCAUACUCAACAUCAUCUUCACGCGUCUACAGCGAAACCCUUCUGCGGCCUUCCAGCAACGCUUUGUGCGCUUCUACCACUUUGUUGCGUCACGCGAUGACAAAGGACUGGGCGCCGACUUCUUCAUCAGCGCGACAGACAAGGUGCAAAACGAGGACAUUUUCCGUGGGCUUUAUCUCAGCAUCAUCCUUCCCAAAACACAGGAGCUCGCUCGUCCCAUCGAUCGAAAGAUUGCAGCAGUGUCACUCACCAAGACACUUGCAGACAGCCAGGCUUUCGUUCAGCGAUACCCCAAGGGUUGGCCGCUCACCUGCACAGCUCUCUUGAAGCUUCUGGAAGACCCACCUGUACCGCCCAAGAAUGAUGACAUGGUUAUUGAGCAAGACGUCGACGACACUGGCUUUGGUGUCGGCUUCACGCAACUGAACACGGUCCGCAAACCCCAGAGCGACCCCUUCCCCGAGAUCGGCGACCUACGAAAAUGGGUUGGCGGUUAUCUCAAAGACGCCGAUCAGCGACACAGUGGCAGGAUCGGGAAGACGGUGCAAGAGUCGCUAAGUGACGACGGGAAGAAAGUGCUGAGUGCAUACAUGGCGCUGUAA